GAAAGUCAUAUACAUCGAGGGUUGGAGGAUCUUACAGCACAAGACUCUGCUCUGCUCCAGGAAUAGACCGUCUCAUUGAGUUUAAUCGGCUUAAUCCAGCCACUGCUGUGCGUAAUGAGCUCACACGCGCUACCAUGAGCUCAACCGUACGCUUACUACAAUUUAGUUUGACAUAUUUCUAACAAAAACCUGUGGUGACUUAUUUUUUUGAUAAAUCAGAGUUAUUUAUGAAUGCCAGGAUGGCCCAUAGUAGCAUCGUGGUGCUAUGGUACAGCUGACGUUUAGAAGUGAACUUUCAGUGUAGUGACGUCACAGAAGGUCAAGAUGAUUUAGUCUGAGGUCAUUUGAUGUCUCAGAUCUGCCUGCCGUCCAUGCACCCAGUGCAUUACGACCAACAAGUGAGUGCGCUUUCAUUAUAGCAUGCAUUUUUGUAAGUGUUUAAAUGAUGGAUAAGCGCUUGUUGUGUUUUUGAGGAAUGUAUGCAAAGGAACUUCUAAUUUGUGUGUGGUUUUAAUUGUCACCUGUGUGUUUUGGCAGCAAACCCUGGUAAAAAUGUACCCAAACACCCUAACACAGUUGGCACGGUCGAAUCCUUUCCAGGCUCCGCUUUUUUCCAUUAAAACAGAUCAGCAACAAGAGAGACAGCAGACAAAACGCAAACUUGCUGCAGCAUCUUAUAAUGAUGCAGAAGUGAGCUGUGAAUAUGGGUCAAAUAAAUAUUACGCCCUCUGCGGUUUCGGUGGGAUUUUGAGCUGCGGCCUCACACACACAGCAGUCGUGCCCCUCGACCUCGUUAAAUGCCGCAUCCAGGUGGACCCAGAGAAGUACAAGUCCAUCUUCAAUGGUUUCUCGGUCACUUUGAGAGAGGAUGGUUUCAGAGGGCUGGGUAAAGGCUGGGCUCCUACGUUCAUUGGUUAUUCCAUGCAAGGCCUUUGCAAGUUUGGUUUCUAUGAAGUCUUUAAGGCCCUGUACAAUGACAUGCUCGGAGAGGAGAAUGCUUAUUUGUGGAGGACAUCUGUUUAUCUGGCCGCCUCUGCCAGUGCUGAGUUUUUCGCUGAUAUUGCACUGGCUCCUAUGGAAGCGUGCAAGGUGCGAAUUCAGACGCAGCCAGGCUACGCUAACACCCUGAGAGAGUGCGCUCCAAAAAUGCAUGCCGAGGAGGGACUGAAUGCCUUCUAUAAAGGUGUUUAUCCGCUGUGGCUGAGGCAGAUCCCCUACACCAUGAUGAAGUUUGCCUGUUUCGAGCGAACGGUGGAGACUCUGUACAAGUACGUCGUACCCAAACCCCGCAGUGAGUGCUCCAAACCAGAGCAGCUGGUGGUCACUUUCAUCGCCGGUUACAUUGCUGGCGUGUUCUGUGCGGUGGUUUCUCACCCCGCUGACUCGGUGGUGUCGGUACUGAACAAAGAGAAGGGAAGCUCAGCUGCUGAGGUGCUGAAAAGACUGGGGCCCGUAGGCGUGUGGAAGGGUCUGUUUGCGAGGAUCAUCAUGAUCGGGACACUGACGGCCCUGCAGUGGUUCAUCUACGACUCGGUGAAGGUUUACUUCCGCCUGCCGCGUCCUCCACCGCCAGAGAUGCCCGAGUCCCUCAAGAGGAAGAUGGGGCUGCUGGACUACUAGACUCCUAUCUGAGGAACUGCACAAAACUCACAGGGCUUUCCACAUUCACCAAAAACACACAGACACACACACAUUGGUGACUAUCACUGCCGCUGUUAAUCUGUAUUUGGGAAAAACACACACCAAACAACUGUCCCUUUAAUGUGAUUUCUGUGCAUUUUGUCUCUCGUUUGGUGAAUGUUGGACUAUUUAAACUAAAUCAUAUUUAGUGGCCCAAAUUAGUACCUUUCCAAUAACAUUUCUUCAAUAAACUAAAGAAUAAAACUACAAAGUGUGUGUGUGCUAACAGGUGUUUUGUCAAAACAAGGCCAAAUUAU